UCGAAAUGUAAAGCCGAAUUAUUUUCCCAAUUCCCAAAUCACAACGUAAAACCUUCCGCCUCCGCCUUUCGAUUUCAUCCUCCGUCUCUCGUCGGCGGCGACCACUCCGAGCUCCGGCCAUGACUUCGAUGCUCCCUGUAGGAUCCCUCUCCGCCUUCGUUGCGGCCGCGCCUCCGCUCCCCACGCCCUCCCGCCAGCCCAUCCUGACCACCGGCGGCCUCCCCCUCCCUCGACGGGCGGCCGUGGUGGUUCUGCGAGCGUCGGCCUCCUCCAAGCCUGCACCAUCGGCGGGGACGAGGCAGCCCAGGGGCAUUACCAAGCCCAGUCCCGUCUCCCCGGCAAUGCAGGCCAUCGUUGGUGUCCCGGAGAUCCCCCGCACCCAAGCCCUCAAGCGCAUCUGGGCUUACAUCAAAGAACACAACCUCCAGGAUCCAGAGAACAAAAGGAUCAUUGUGUGCGAUGAGAAGCUGAGAAACUUAUUUGGAGGGAAAGAACGUGUCGGGUUUCUUGAGAUCUCAGGGCUACUUAAUCCUCACUUUGGAAAGUAACAAGUUCGACCAGGCCGACCUUUUUGUACAUGGAUUAUGACCGUUUAUGGUAAUCUUCUAGGUGGAACAUGAUUUCUUGUGAUUAGCUAUCUUGUAUUAGCAUACUUUGUUGUUGCCUUUGGAUGACUUGAGAUAUUCUGUUGAUCUGUUCCAUAAUCAAAAUGUACUUCCUGUGCUUUAUUGUCAAGCUGGUGGUCUAUCCAUUUGAUCU